AAUGUUAAUCUUGUUGUGCCUUUUGGUGGCUCAACUCUUUAUUGUUGGAGAGUCGAACCAGCUGCAGCGUAUUGUCAAUGGAGAACUAGCCGAAGAAGGACAAUUCCCAUAUCUGGUUGGAGUUGUUAUGGAACAAUUUCUUCAUCCUAUAAUAAAAUCUAAGUUGUGCGGUGGCAGCAUUAUAUCCAACGAAUGGAUACUUACGGCUGCUCAUUGCGUUCCAUUACUUAAAAAGAAGGUAUAUAUCUUCUAUGGCUCUACCCAGUUUAAAACAGCUGAAGUUAAAGAAGUGUCGGCAACGAACAUUCAUCGACAUCCGAAGUACAGAAUAAUUUUGAACGAUAAAUUCCGUUACGAUAUAGCCCUGAUUCAAACUCCCCGAGUUAAGUUCAAUAAUUAUAUUCAAAGCAUUCCACUGCCAUCACCCAGAGAUGACAGAAGAUCGACUAAGCCAGGCCAGUCAGUCAUUUCCGCCGGAUGGGGCUCAAGCGUUUUAGGUGGAGAAUCAGUAGAUCGUUUGAAUUGGGUCGAGCUGGAGAUCGUAGAUGAAUCCGUGUGUGAAAGGAAAUACGGAGGUAAUUUGGAACGCAUAUUGUGUGUUAGCACCCACGAGAAAAAGUCCAUCUGCAGCGGAGAUUCUGGUGGACCGCUGGUGCCCAAAGAUGAGAAUAAACUGAUCGGAAUCGUCUCAUUUGGAUCCACAUUAGGAUGUGACGUUGGUCAGCCCGUUGUAUAUACGAAUGUUAUCACAUACCUGGACUGGAUUGAGUCUGUCUCUGGUGUAAAACCCUAGAAAUUUGUAAUGUUUCGUGCCUUUUAAAGACACGAUUCCAUCACUAAAUAAAUAUAAUGUGCAUUCCA